AUUAUUUAUUGUCUGUUUGGCCACAUUUGAACAAUUUUCUUACUGUUUUCCAAUACACAUUAUUUCCACUACAACAAUAUAUCUGAGCAAAAAAAAACAAAACAAGCAGAGGCAAAAUAUCAAAUCAUCAUUGCUGCUUUUCAGGAGUUUCCACGAGCUGAAAGGCGCGACUCUUUGCCAUUUCUUAUCUCGGGGCUAAAGGUUUUUGGCACAAUUUAGUCGCGCACAGAUGUGACUCUUCAUCCUGACAUAGCAUCGAAAAACCAGCUCAUCGGGCACAGAGAGUCUUUGGACCCACAAUCGCUCGGGUUACAGUCACACACGGCGUGUAAAACACUGGUCUGAUUCACCCAGCAGAACACAGCAGCCACCUUCUCCCCAGCCCCGGACCGUCCGCAGCUCUCCUCGGCGCACUGCGCUGACUCUGCAGAAGGAAAUCAUCGGGGGAGUGUAGGAAGGCGUUUUUUUCUUUUUCUUUUUUUCUUUUUUUUUUUUUUUUGCUUUUUUCCUCAAGGUAGGACAGGCAGUUACAACCCAGCGUCUGGCUGUCAGCGAUCCCCACUGUCUCCUUGGCUUCAGUUUACGGUUUGGGAAAAGAAGAAGAGGGGACAGAGAGUCGUGGUCGUGCGUUCCUCUCCGUGAGACCGACGCGUUUCCAAACGCCCUGACGCGCGUGUUUCUCAGUGAGGCAGCCCGGACACAGUGAUCCUCAGGUUUAAAAAAAUAAGAGCGACUGUUUUCCCGCGUUACACCUAAAAACUGUCAUAAACGGCGAUGAGAAGUUUGUGAAAAGAACACCGACCGCGAAUCACCUCAGACAGCGGACAGCAUUGAAGAGGAGAAAGUUCCCCACUUGAGGGCGAAAUCAGACUUUUCUGAGGACGCCAAGUUUGAGAAGUGCCAGGAGCCCCGGGGUCUGUGAGAUACAACAUGCAGCAAUGUCCAAAGAGGCAGAGUUGGAUGUGAGAGGCAGUGAGUGCGACACAGUCCCACCAGAGCCCAGCACAGACCCAGAACCGGCCAGGCCACCUUCAGCCAAGGCUAACGGACCCAACGGCACUGCUGGCGUUUGCACGAGCAUCCCCUCCAGUAGCCACAGUAGCAGCAGCAGCAGCAGCACCACCACCACCACCGCCGCCGCCACCACCAGCAGCAGCAGCAGCAGCAGCAGCAGAAGUGGUCUGGGUGGCAUUAGCAUCGUUAGCAGCAGCGCUGAGGGAGCAGGCGAAAGCUCCAUGCAGUUCAGCACCAGACCGCCUAGUGCUGAGCAGCCGGGCUUCAUGGGGACAUGGCAGCAGCAGAGCACUGACAGCAACCUCCUCUACAGAAUGUCCCAGCAGGGUGCUGUAACGCGGCUUCCUUUGAAGUGCGACAGGUCGACUAUGGGCCGAGACCUGGAAGAGGCCAUUCGCUGCACACUGGUGAACUGCACAUGUGAGUGUUUCCAGCCGGGCAAGAUUCACUUACGAACAUGUGACCAGUGCAAACAUGGCUGGGUGGCUCACGCUCUGGACAAGCUCAGCACCCAGCACCUCUACCACCCGACCCAGGUGGAGAUCGUGCAGUCCAAUGUGGUGUUCGACAUCAGCAGUCUGAUGCUGUACGGCACCCAGGCCGUACCUGUCAGGCUCAAGAUCCUUCUGGACCGCCUCUUCUCCGUGCUCAAGCAGGAAGAGGUGCUGCACAUCCUACACGGCCUGGGCUGGACCCUCCGAGACUACGUCAGGGGCUACAUACUGCAGGAUGCUGCAGGCAAGGUGCUGGACCGCUGGACCAUCAUGUCCAGAGAAGAAGAGAUCAUCACCCUACAGCAGUUCCUUCGCUUUGGUGAGACCAAGUCCAUUGUGGAGCUGAUGGCCAUUCAGGAGAAGGAAGGUCAGGCAGUAACAGUUCCCUCCUCCAAGACAGACUCCGGUAUUAGGACAUUCAUUGAAAGCAACAACAGGACCCGCAGCCCUGGACUCCUGACACAUCUGGAAAACAGUAGCCCAUCGAGCAUUCACCAUUUCGAGAAUAUUCCCAAUAGCUUAGCCUUCCUCCUUCCCUUCCAGUACAUCAACCCAGUCUCUGCCCCCAUGCUCGGCUUGCCCCCUAAUGGCCUGCCUAUGGAGCAGUCUGCCCUCCGGCUCCGGGAGCCCAGCCUGCCAAACCAAGGUGAACAGGUGGAGACCAGUGAGUCAGAAGUGUCUCUGUCACCCUUUCGCACAGGCCAGAGUCCUAGCCGUGGAGCCAUGGGAGCCAUUAACAACAACAUUGAACCCAAGACAGAGCCCAACAACAGGGCAUCACCCAUCUCGCCAACCCCUUCUACCCAGCAAGCUCAGCAACAGCAGCAACAGCACACACAGCUCCAGCAGCAACAGGGCCAACAGCAGUCCCAAAAUCAACCUCAGCAACCCAACAGCUUGAGUGACCAUCAGGUCCACCACCACUUUGUAAAGGAUGAGCAGUCUAAAACCAUCACCCAUCCCUCCUUUUCCUCCAAGAUGCAUCGCAUGCGCCGCAUGGGAGCCACUUCACGUAAGGGUCGCGUGUGCUGUAACUCUUGUGGCAAAACCUUUUAUGAUAAAGGCACACUUAAGAUACAUUAUAAUGCUGUACAUUUGAAGAUCAAACACCGUUGCACCAUUGAGGGUUGCAAUAUGGUCUUCAGCUCACUUCGCAGCCGCAACCGUCACAGUGCCAACCCCAAUCCGCGAUUGCACAUGCCCAUGCUGCGCAAUAACCGCGACAAGGACCUCAUUCGUGCCAAUUCAACCACUGGCACACCCGUCAUCUCAAGCACCAAGAAUGGUGGCUUCACACUCACCAGCCCUGGAAGGCCACCACUGGGCUUCACUACUCCACCAGUAGACCCUAUGCUUCAGUCACCCCUGCAAAGUCCACUGGUGUUCCCCUCCCUGAAGUCAGUGCAGCCAGUCCAGCCAGUACCCCCAUUCUACCGUACACUCUUGUCCCCUGCUGAUCUCGUCAGUCCUCCAGUGUCACUUCCGACCAGCCCCAUCCUGCCCACCACCACUAACAGUACCACCCUAAUGGACCAGCAGCAGCAGAUCCUGGCUGCUGCAGCUGUGGCUUCACAUAAUAAUGUUCAUGUGUCAGAGGCUGGACCUAUGUCCCACCGCUUACCUACGCCAACAGCCAAUCAGGACCUCACUGGUGGCAGCAGUGACCCUACACCGAAAAAGAAGCCUCGUAAAUCUAGCAUGCCUGUGAAGAUUGAGAAGGAAGUGAUUGAUGUGGCAGAUGAGUACGAUGACAAAGAUGAGGAUGACGAUGAUAACAUGCACCAAAAUCACCACCAUCACCAGUCAUCCCUUCUUCACAACAAUAUCAAAAUGAAUGGAAAUUGUCACAGCAACAACAGUGGCAGUGGUACUGGGAACCACAGUGGUGGUAGUGGACAGCAAUCCCCUUCUCAAGAUGAGAUGAGCCCUGGAUUAGCUCUGAGAGGCAUGAUGAGACAGAGUGAAGAUGAAUGCCGGGAAGGGACUGGUAGCGACAGCAGGGGUGGAAAUGAUCUGCGAGGCUCUGGUGAGCUACGUUGCAUGGACAGCUUCACCUCUGAGGAUCAGGACCAUGAGAGGGACUUUGAGAAUGAGUCUGAAACCUCUGAUUCCAAGAUGUUCUACCGUGAUGAGCUCAUGGAUGUGGAGGAACAGCAAAAACACAGCAGGGGUGGAAGGGGUCUGGACAAGGAUCAUGACGAUGAGGGUGGUGAGGAAGCCCAUUUGAGAAAGGAAAUGGAAGGCAAGUGCCAUUCAUCACCCUCCCCUCAUCAGCCCCCUAUCAAGAUCAAGGAAGAACUCAACGAUCCUACUUAUGACAUGUUCUGCAUGGGCCAGUAUGGCCUGUAUAAUGGAGGCAUGGCAGCAGCUGCUGCCGCUGCUGCAAGUAUGGCAGCCCUGCAUGAGAGCUUCAUCUCUUCGAUGGGCUACGGUGCCAGCCCACCCAAAUUCCCUUCUUCUCAAUCACCAGAGGGGGAUCCAUGCUCAAGUCCUGACCCCAAGAUCUGCUAUGUUUGUAAGAAGAGCUUCAAGAGCUCCUAUAGCAUGAAACUGCACUACAAGAAUGUGCAUCUCAAAGAGAUGCAUGUGUGCACUGUGGCUGGCUGCAAUGCUGCUUUCCCUUCCCGGCGGAGCCGAGACAGGCACAGCUCCAACAUCAACCUGCACCGCAAACUGCUGACCAAAGAGCUGGACGACAUUGUCCUGGACCCCCAACUCACGCCACUGCCCAAGGACCUGCGAGCCGAGUUACUGGCCAAGAUCUACGCCGGGCACCACAUGGGCUUGGACCCUAUGACUGGGAUGGGCAUCGGAGGCGCUAGCCUCGGACCCACCGGCCUGAACCACCAUGCCCGUUCCCCCAUGAGCAAUGAGUAUCCCCACCACCAUCUCAACCACGACUUUAAAAAUCACCACACCAACGGCUUCUCCCAGGGCCAGCCAGAUGACUACAUGGUGCUGGACCUGAGCACCACAUCCAGUGUCCAGUCCAGCAGCAGUGUCCACUCCUCACACGAGUCAGAUGAGGGCAGCGAUGAAGGCAUCCUGUUGGAUGACCUGGAGGAGGAGGAGGGAGAAGAGGAUGAGGAGGAGGGUAACAGUGAGGGGGAGGACUGCUCCCAGCGUGCCGAGAGGCGAGCUGAAGGGGGGCAUCGGGAUGAGACUGGAGAACUAAGAGGAGAAGGACAUGGUGAGGGGUUGGAAUCUUCCUCCUCACCAUUCCUCCUUUCGUCCACCGGGGGCAGUAUUGGUGGCAGCAGUGGGAUCCUCUGCAACAUCUGCCACAAAAUGUAUAGCAACAAAGGGACCCUGCGCGUGCACUACAAGACUGUGCACCUGCGAGAGAUGCACAAGUGCAAAAUCCCCGGUUGCAACAUGGUGUUCAGCUCUGUGCGCAGCCGUAACCGACACUCUCAGAACCCCAACCUCCAUAAAAACAUGCCCUUCUCUACAAUAAUAGACUAAAUAAUGACUUUCUACUCGACCCCUCCUGUCAGUCUGCCCGCUCCUCCCUUCAUUCCUCAUCCUUAUUCCUCCUCAAAUUAACUUUUAACCCCAGCCCAGGGCCAUCAAAUACAAGCUGAAUGCUUGUAUGCCUCCUGCCCGUCCUCUGUAAGUCAUUGCAAGACAUUUCUAUGUCCCUCUAUAAAAUUCAUUGACUCUAAAUACAGUUUAUUAUUGUGACCUUUGACUUUUCCUUCUUUGGAAGAACAGGAUGACACUCGAGUACGGAGUUUGCUUUAUAACAAAACUCCAGUUUUUUUUUUUCAUAAGCCCCUCCAUCUUUUCUUUUCAAACUUCUCCCCACUUUGUUUUUAUGUCCGUCUCCAAAGAAUCUAUUCAAACUCUUAUUUGUGACUUUGCCUGCAGAAAUGAUAGUAUUGAGAAAAAAAAAGAAAAUCUUCUUGUUGUAUUUGUGUAAUGAUAGCUUUUAAAUGAACCCCUUACAAAAGCAUGACAGCUUCAUUUGUAAAUAAUGUCCCAAGAGGCUUUUGGUGUAAAAGAGUUGUGUUGAUGGUUGUUUGCUUCUUUUUUCUCUCUCUUUAUGGUUUUAUGUUACAGUCCAGUACAAUACUUCCAGCUAUAGGCAAGAAAGAGGUAGCAUCUUACUAGCUUGAUUCAUUUAUGUUAGCUUCAAAGACAUGUUUUAAACUGAGUCCUAGGAAAAAAAGAAUAUCAUGUGACUUGCUUUAUCUACUUGUUAGGUAUUCAGAGGUUGCCGGCAUGCUUUUUUAGGCUCCUACACUGAUAUCAUUCUCUGUAUUUCUAUUGAUUUUUUUUUUUUUUUUUUUUUUUUGUCUGUUAUGUUUAUGAGCUUUAGUAUACUAAUUCAGUUUUUGCACUUUGCAUCUAUACAAGGGGAUGUGUAAUAUUAUUAUAAUGAGGAGUUUUGCAAUGGUGAGUUUAGGUGUUGUUUGGGGUCAUUGAUGGCUACAGUGCCAAGGGAAAUGACAGUACCUUCAACAUACUUGUGCCAGUUUCUUUUUGCACGUGCUCUGUUUCAAACACAGUUUCACAACAGAAAACGUCCCUGAACAAAGCCUGAGAUCUUCCCCAAUCUCUAAAAAAAUAAUGUAUUCAGAAAGUGUCUCCAAAGUGUCUUGCUUCAAAACUAAUCCAGGUGUGACUGAAUAUAAACUGCUGUUUCACAAACACAAAGGAGUUAAAUAUUGAUCAAAUUUGUGUAUGGUUACCAGUUAUGAUCACUAUAAUUACUUCAGCGGUUUAGUGAGGUAAUCUGUGUAAAGCAUGACAUUAUUGUGAAAUUGUCAAAGUUAGCAAUGCAAGAGCUCAUGUUUGUUCUCACAAAAGGCAUCUUAAUGAAAUAUGACUGUCCCGUUGAUUUGAAAAAAAGAGAAAAAAGAUGAAAAUAGUCCUUCAACUGUGACCAAAACAAAAGUGUUUGCUUAAAAAAAAGCUGUUUCAGUGUGACAUUGUACUUAAAUCAUGCCCCAUUGGAUUAAUAUGAUGCACUUGAGUCUUAAAUCUUUUGCUGUGAUAUUUUUGGUAACGGUUUCCAUUGCUGAGUGUCAGCUACAAAUGUAAUCUAUGAAAAAUGUUGCCAUUUUCCUGGCUGUUGGUUGCAGCCAUUUUUAACAUGUCCAUGACUGUCUUACGGUACAAAUAUUUCCAGUAACUGGGCAAAGUAGCCAUGGGAAGGGGUAUUUAUUGGUGGGUGAUGUAUCUUCAUGGAGAUGUUUUUGUCCAGUAUAAGAAUAUUUUUUGUAAAAAGACAAAAAAUAGAGAUUGUUCCUCAGUUUGACUUGUUUAUCGAUGUAUUAGCAAUGCCAUGUGUUACUAUACAAGGAGAUCUUCUCUUACUUGACUGGUGCUACACACAGAGGGAAAAAUAUGCAGUGUUACAUGGUGUGCUGUAAAGUAUUCACAACACCUUACAUCCAUAACAGUGUUGAGUUCCAUUUGUUUCAUACUUAAACCAUUUUGCAAUAUAGACAUGACCUAUUCUAAAGAAAUAUUUCAUGUCUUUUUUAUGACUCCACCUAUAUGACACAUGCAGUUUUCAGUCCACUCUUCUCAGAGAUAAAGAAAGCGAGACAGAGAGCUGAGGCUGAUGGAAAGGUUGCGGAGGUGGAAGGCUGACUAGGGAGGAAAGGAUGACAGCAACGAUCAUUAAAAAUGUGCUGCUUCUCCCGUUACCUGGAGGCGUCCCUGCCAUUCCAGCUUCUUCUGUCUAAUAUCUCACUUGUCACUUCGUUACACUGCCAGACGCCAAGGCUGCUGACAUGACUGUGACACUGACAGAGAGAGAAAAAAGAAGGACGGCGUGUGCGUUCUCAACAAUUCAAUUGGACUCAUUCAAUUUAGUUGAAUUCAAUUUGUCUAUUCAUUUUCUACACGUGCUUAUUCUUAUUCAGGGUCGGUGGUAAUUCAAUUCAAUUCCUUCAACCUCAUUCUGUUUUUUUCGCUUUGUCUCUCAGAACACAGUCAUUUAACAACCGCCUUACCCAUUUCUUCAGCCCGCCACUCACUUACCACCUCCACACCCCACAGCGCAGGUCCUACAGGGACACACACUAAUAGUGUAUGCUUAAGUUCACCGGACGGCCAUGGCAUAGGAAAAAGGGAUGGGUAAUUGCCUGUUUAUCCCAAGUGAAGGGAAAAUUGAGUACAGGAACCCCUGCCUUCUCCCAGGAGUGGGUUUCACUGAGGCGCUUGCUGCCUCAUUCACUCAUUCAAUCCCCGCGGCCCUCGCUAUGGCAGAAAUAAAAAAGUGCUACUCCAGGAACCCUGCUGACAGCUGUCUCUCUAACACACAACCACACACACACACACACACACACAACCACCCACACACACACACACACACACACACACACACACACACACACACACACACACACACACACACACACACACACACACACACACACACACACACACACACACACACACACACACACACACACACACACACACAGAGGAGAGUGGCACACACUCACAUAUGCUUCCUACUUACAGGGCAGAAGGAUGACAAGAACUAGAUGACUUCUUAACCUCUAGCGAUGGAAGAGACAGAGGCAGAGAAAAAUAGUAUGAAACCUUCCAUCUAGUAUUAACAUUAUAGCCUUUGCCACUACACAGAAAGCUAACAUUCCCUUAUGGAGAAUGGUCAGGCAUGGAAAGUCCAAAGCUCUUAUCAUUAUUUCAUUCUAAAUAUCCUAACAUGUUUAAUAGCUGAUACUUUGUGACAUUUUACCUAAAGACAGAGAUUAAAUGAUGAACAAGUCCAGCGAGCUCACAGACUGAUUUGAACUCACUAGAAUUGAGAGCUGAACAUAUCCAACAUUAAAAGUUAUUUUAAUAUAAAUAUGUUAGGCCCAAUAAGCUCAAGCUUCUAUGCCCUUUUUGAUCCGAGAAAAAGAAACAAGUUUUCUGACUUGUUUUUAUUUAUUUUUUACACAUUCCUUAUGUUCUGUACUUUGUCUGUCUGUUUCUGAAGCAGCAGCUGCAGUGCAUGACCCCUCUAUCUGUGUGCGCCAGACAGAAAGCUGAAUAUCAUAGAAGAGAUUCCCUUACAACACCCUUCUCCUACCCCCUACGGGCUCCUUCUGUGUCCUGCAUGGUGCUGGUCAUGCCAGCACAGCUCUGAGCUGCAAGACGCUGGAAACAGAGCUGAGAAAACACACAAACGAUUGUCCAGCAUAGCCAGGGAGACAGACGGCAAGAGAGAGAAGGGAGAGAUGAAGGGAAGGGAUUGGGCGUAAGAAGUGGUCUGGCUGGAGCCUUGCGGCAGUCACUUAACAAGGCAGGGGAGAAAGAGAGGAACACAGGGAGGGAAGAGAGCACGAGAGCAGCAGGGCCAGGACUCCCCAGGACUCAUCGGCAGCUUCUCCUUGAUUGCCUGCUGGAGAGCGAUCGAGCCACCCCUUCACAUUUCCACCCCUCUCCCCUACACUCUGCUCUCCUCUGAGAAAUGACCGCCAAUUUCCGCCACUCCUCGGAGAAAGCCCCCAAUCCAAUCUUUGUCUUUCUUACUUCUCCGACCACACGGGCCCAGGUGCAUCCUGCUACCUAGUGACCGGGCUGUGGGACGGCAGGAGCGCGUCACUCAGAGCGCCUCAUUGGCCCAGACCACUGGAGUGAAUCUUUAAUAUUUGAUUAGAGGAGCGUCAGGCAUCAAUUAUUCUGUAAUUCUACAUAGCACACAGAGGGAGAAGGAGACGGAGCGGCUGACCUGUUAAUCACUGUCCGUUUUGUUCACGUCACUGAGUGAGGGAGGAUGAGAGGUGACACGGCAAGCAAACUGUUCAGUUAAUGUAGCUCAUGGAACAAAGUGGGAUUCAAAUGUUUGAUGGGACAUCAUACGAUAUAUGCAGAUAGAAGAAAAAUACACACAUGCGUGGGUUUGUAUAGAUGCUUCAGUCUCAUGUGUUAUACUCUAAAAAAAAAAAACCCUCAUUAAUCUGAACUGGAACCUGUGAAAUGUCAGUGAUCCUGAAAAAAAAUACUGUAAAUUCAUGAGAUGUUUUCCAUUGUGCCAAUCAUAUUUUACAGUCUUAAAGUAUAAAUAAGCUUGAAGACCUGGUGAAUUUAGAUUUUUUUUUUGUUUGUUUGUUUUCACUUGUGUUUUUGUGUAUCCAAUGCAUUUGUGUCUGUGUCUUAAAAAGCCUGUGUUAUGGCAUUGGCACUCGACAGCGUUGCAUGGCUACAUAGUCGCACUGCAAAGAACAAACGCAGCAGAGGAGCUUGUAUCACUUUGGUGUCAAAAUGGUGAUUUGGAAGCCUCAUGAAUACUGUACGUUACCUAAACAGGUGUUUCCCAUUUGCAGACAGGAGGAAAAAAUGGUCCUCUUUUUAAAAGACUCUUUUCUUUUCUUUUUUUUUCUUUCCUUUUUGCCUUUCUUGUAUUUGUUUCUGUAUCAUAACUGUCUAUGGUUUUUGCAUAAAAUGCAUAAGGGUUUUGGGAUGUAAAUGGAAUUUUAUUCAUAUUUUGUCCAAAUACCUCUUGUAAUUUGUAUCAGAAUUCUUGUACAAUUUUUAUAUUAAAGAUUUAUCAGUCA